GACAUCAGUCGGCUGGAAAACACAGCCGUUGGACGAUGGCCGCCGCCGCCCCAGACCUGCACAGUCCCACCCUGCGUCUGCCUGCCCGGCUCAAAGGGCUCAGCCAGCAGCGAUGGUCGCCCUCGCACCGGAACAGCGCCGAAAUUCUCGAGUCCUACGAAAGGUUGUGCUCGCUGACUCUGUCUCGGCUGGUGCUGUUCAAAACCCUGGGCACCGAUAUCUCUUCCAUCAUUAUCUCGGUCAAGAUGCAGAGCUCGAAACGCACCCUGCGCUCCAACGAGCUGCUUCUGCCGCCAGGUGGACUCUUGGACACGGAACUGGAUCUGAACUUUUCCCUACAGUACCCGCACUUUAUCAAAAGGGAUGAGGCCAAUCAGCUGCUAAUCAUGCUGCAGAGGCGGAAAAGAUACAAGAACCGAACCAUCCUCGGCUUCAAGACCCUGGCCGAAGGCACAAUCAACUUGUCACAGGCGCUGCAGCGCACAAUGGACGUCGACUUGGAGCUCUACAGUGGAGAAAGCAAGGAAAAAAGAGACGUCGUCGCUCGACUGUCUGUUUUAAACAUCAGCAGCACUCCAGUGGACCAGGACGAGCCGGGUGUCCGCCACAAAAGGGUGGCCCUGGCUGACAACUCAGACGCCCAGCUGGCGCCCCUCCUGCUGUCUCUCCGCCGACUAACCAACUCCCAUCUCCGCCCUCUGCGCGGCACCCCCCUUUCGCCCACAGAUCGAGCGGCGGCCGACUUUUCUGACGACGACGAGGACUUCAGCAGCAACGAGGAAAACUCUGACUCGGAACCAAUGCUGGACGACACGUUGGCGCCUCGCCGGCCGAGGAAAACUAGCAGGACUAAGAAUUCCACUGCUAGGCAACGGAAUCUGAAGCAGAAGUUUAUAUCGUUGCUCAAAAGGUUCAGGAUUAGUGAGGAUUUGGACAAUGACCCUGAGGAGAUUGACCAAAAGCUCUCAGGUGGUGACAUGGAUCCCACUGAUAUUGCCGAUCUCAUUGACGAGCUGGAGGAAAUGAGCGACUCGGGCCCAGAGAUGGACACGAUGAGCAUCUCUUCGACGCCAAAGCCUUCGCUGCGUCCUUUCUUCUCGAGCAGUCGCUCUUUAGCUCAGCAAGAUGUGCUGCCCAUUGCUGGUGAGACACCCUCUAUUUUCAAGAAGCCACCUCAACCUCCCACCAACACGGCACCAAAAGCUCUGUUCAGGGAGAGAGGAUCUGAUAGACAAAGUGACGAGAGCUCCAAAAAAGCAGACUCGGACUCACACCCAGAAAACUGGACCGACCACGAGCAUAGUGACCCUCAAACGUUGGCAUCGUCGCCGCCUCACGCACCUCUGGCACAGUCUGAAAGCUUGGAAAAAGCUCCGAAAGAAUUAAAAGACGGGGAACGAGACAAGAAGACUAGACUUUUUGCACGCGACAGGACAACAUCUGGAAACAAAACAAAGAAGUCUGAAACGCCCCGAACACCUGGGUCUACCAUUGAGUUGUUGGGUGGUCCUGUUCACAGUGAAAACAUGCAACCACGGAAGGCUUUAAUUGAGCAACUGUCGCGGUUGAUGCCAGCUGAUGAAGCGAUUCUGCCUGAUCAUGUGAUACUAGUCCCUGAAGGUGCGGCCAACCUGGCCGCUCGUCUAGUCGAGAGACAGCAGAGGGUGUUGAGCGUAGCUGGCACCGCAGACGUCCGAGCCGCCAUGACCUGCCUCGUCAGCAAGCUGCAGAAAUUCUGCAACAGUAGUGCCAAACCGCCGUCGCCUGUCAAAGUGCUCAUAAUGGGAUCUGACAGUCUGGUGAGCACCAUCAUGAGGCAAUACGUCGAGCUGCUGUCUUCUAAGCCGCACGAUUGGCAAAACCACUUCAGGUUCCUCAUCGUCCCUCUGGGGAUCAACAGCAUUUUGGCGCGCUAUCUGUCAAGCCUGGACCACAUGUACGCCGCCUACUUCUCUGGGGAUUCUUGGAAGGAGCUAACAGAGCGGCUGGAUAUGAAGAAUGAUUGCCAAGAGGCGAUGAACCGCAUCCAGAGGUACCUGGUGGCUGCCAAUUCGUACGUGGCCUUGCCCGUAGCAGAAGCCAUGGUUACCUACAAGGAACGAAGUUCCGAUGAGGAGUCAUGCCAGACAUUCAUACCGUUUAUAAACGAAACACGCCUGGGCACUGUAGAAAAUGGACAAGCGUCGCUCUCUGUUGAUCUGGACGAUCCUCUGCCAGUGCUGAUGGCCUCUGGUUCUCCACCGUCAGGCGCUCUCAUGUCUCCCUCAGGGCUUCCCUCCGAGAAGAAGGAAAGGACCACUCCUCCCUCAUCGCCAAAUGUCAACACUUCAUAUACUCAAUCACCAAGCUUGAUUUCCAGCGAGCCAAUGGAGUUGCAGAUCGACUACUGGCAGCACCCCUCUGUACUCACCGCUGCAGUGAAGGGUGACCAAGCGAAAAUUAAGCAGGAAAACGUCAAGAGCACUCUGAAGACCAGCUUCCGCUCCUUGCAAUUAUGCAGGCUUCCAGGCAACGGACUGACACCUAACAAUCUCUUCACCUUGAAUUACACAACCAAAGAAAGCAAGAAGAAAAGAAAUGAUUCCACGUUCCAGGAGCUAUACAUUCCAAAAGCUGUGAUGAGGUUAGGGAAGAAAAAGGAGAAGGAAAAGGAAUCUGACGCAAAGAAUCAAGCAGAGGGGGUCACCAGACUGAUUUGCUCAGCAAAGGCGCACAAUGUUCCUCUCAAAGUUUUCAUUGAUGGCAUGGAAUGGAAUGGAGUGAAGUUCUUCCAGUUGUCUGCUCAAUGGCAAACACACAUCAAGCAUUUCCCAGUCGCACUCUUCAACGUACCAGAGCCUAUUUCCGGUUGAGUGCCUAAUCCCAGACAGGAGUAAGAUUGGUCCAGGGUUGCCAGCCUUCAGGGCAGGCUAAGAAUUUAAGAGUGAAACAGAAGAUGGAUCAAUUCCACGAAAGUUUAAUUUGGAAAUUUGGCAACCCUGACACGAGAGCACAAAUUUAUCUCUCUCUGUGCCAAACAUAUAGAUGAUUUAUUGCUGUUGUUAAUCUCCAUUUUUUAUGCUGUGAUGUUCAGACAGAAAAGGAAAAUAAUUAUUUAAAUUGAUUAAGUACCUGCUGCACUUUUGACUUGAAAAAACAAAAAGUUAGUAGGAUUUUGCGUAAGAAUCUUUAUUUGAAUGAGACCAAAGAGUGUUGUGUAAUUCAGAAAUAGGACAAUCUUGCUUGGAAUAACAGGGAGGAUGCCAACUCCGGAGUUGUAAAGAACCAUAGACAAUUAUCAUCAGCAAGUAGUAAUUUGUAAUUGUAGAUAUUAUGACAAUACAACAGGGCAGUUAAGAAAUUUUAUUUUCAGCAAGUCUUCUGCUCGUAGCUGAAUUAAAAAUACUCAACGUGUGUUAAGAUUCUUCUAAUAUAUCUGUCAAUACUUCUUAAUGUAACGUUUUCGUUGUAGGAUAACUACUCGCUUUUAUCCCAGUGGGACAUUUUUGUUAAGAAUCCAUUUCAAGAGUUGAAAUGGAGAGCAGCAUAAAUUGAAACGCCGACGUUCAACAUUUCUGGCCGUCGCGAUUUUCAAAAUUGGACAGAAAACACAAGACUUGCAACGUAAAUUAACGCAAUUUAACAGCCUAUAGUUUACUUCCAACAAGGGAUUUCUUUCAAUCCUGAUGUCAAUUGCAUACAGCUGUGACUUCAGUGUAAUUAGAUCCUUCACUUCAUCUCUCGCAUGUUAAUUUCCUGUGUGAUUGUCAAAAUCCGACCACUGACCUAUUGUCUGUGGUCAGGAAAUAUACAAUUAUUUGGAACGCUACGCAACAUGCUCACUUAAAGUUUCUUUUCUUUUGGUUGAUGUAAAAAAACAUAUCUGGGAAGGCAAUAACAGAGUUUUACAAAUGUUGGACUAAGAAAAGAAAUAUAAUGACAACCAAACACGCAGACAUACAUAUUCAUGACAGUGUUUCUUCUCGUCUCGAUCGUUUCGCUGUUGAUGUAAGACAGAAAAAUAAAGCAGUGUUGUAAUAAUGUUGAUUGAUGUCUUACUUUCGCAGUGUCAGAGUUCUCGCUUUUUCAUUUGACGCCCAAUGUGUAGACAAUUGAGAAGUAGCGUGUAGAUUUAUUGUAAUGUAGUCGUGUAAGAAAAGCCUAAGUCAUUUUUAUUGUAUUUGUAUAAUCAACAUUAGACCCAGGAUGAAUGUCAAAAUUCAAAAGAUAUACGAAAUCAGUCAUUUCAAAAUUUGUAAAUAAAGGUGGAAAAUAUGUAUCUGAAUAUAAGAA